AUGGAAGAAGAUACAAAAAAAAUAUCUUUUUCGUUCAAACAAAUAUCUAAACCUAAGGUAAUUCCUAUACUUCCAAAAACAGAGAAAGCAGUUCAGUUUAUUGAAUGCGUCGAAGAGAAAUCAAUCAAAGUUGCUGGAGUAGUGGAAAAGGUUGAUGAUGAAUUAGUUAUAACUAUGCCAAAGUCAGUUAAGCAGCGACUACCAACAAAGGAAGUUGUAAGCUCAAUACCAAACAAACUGCAAGAAAACGGAGCGUCAACACUGGAAGAAAUGGCUGUACAGGCAAUAUUAAAGGGCUGUAAAAAAAGAGAAAGAGGUGAAGAAGAAGAGGAAGAAGAAGAUACAAAAAUAGUUGAAGUACCAUUGAUAAUAGAUCCUCAGGAAGGGAUGGAGAUGUCUACGGCCGAAGAUUAUGAAAGUAUACCUAUUGAAAAAUUUGGAUUAGCUAUGCUACGAGGUAUGGGUUGGAAACCUACCAAAGGUGUUGGUAAGAAUUCUCAAAUAAUUGCUGCUAGUCUACCAGAGAUAAGGUCCAAAGGAAUGGGUUUAGGCGCUGAUAAAUUAAUUAAAUCUGUGCAAAAAACACAGAGUUCCGAAGAAGAACUAAAACUCAAACAAGGGUCUUUUGUACAAUUUAUAAUUGGGAAACUAAAUGGCCAGUAUGGACAAGUUUGUGGUUUUGAUGAAUUAUCCUCAAGAGUAAUUGUGAAAGUUUCACGCACUGGUGAUUUGGAAAAUGUAAGCGAAAAUUUAUUUACUUUAGUUACCAAAAGUGACUAUGAUAAAAAUUGUAAUGUGAUUAAUAUAAAACAGUAUAAAGAAUACCAUGAUGGUAAAACUAAUUCGAACAACAGUGAAGACCAAUCCAAUCACCGUGAAAAAAUAAAUAAAGACAUUUACAGUGAUCAUCGAUCUAGACACCAUAAAACGAAAAAAAGCAAACAUUCCAAAUCACCACAUAGAAAACAUAAAUCUAAUCACAACAAACAUAAAAAAUAUAAACACAAAAAGUCUUCAUCAUAA